AUGCUCACGGUGGAGCUGAUCGAGGCGCAAGCGCAAGCCCGUGAGGCGGCGCGGCGUGAGCACGACCGUGCCACCGCCUACAGCAACAACUUCGCCCGCGCCGUCUCGAGUACCACCGACGUCUUUGCCGCGACCGUCAACAACGUCCCGUCGGAUGCGACGGCGGCCGACGUCGCCAGGUUUUGCCGGCAGUGCACCAACAUGUAUGGCGGCUUCCUCUCGGUGAGCAUGGCCCCGUACCAUCCCAGACGGCGAGGUCGAUCUAAGGUGUUCAUGGCGUCGCGCCUCUUCCACGCCCUUGUCUUGGCCCUCGACGGCAUCUACUGGCAGGGCGAGGUCAUUCGCGUGCGCGACGCUGCGGCCGUCGGUCGGUCUGCGUGCACCGACGUCAUGAGCAAUCUCUUGGCCUGCCAGGCCUUCUACGUGCUUGUAACCGCGGCGAGCGACGAGCCCGCCUUUGCCGCCUUCGACGCUGUCACACUGACGACGUCGAGUACGGACGCGACGACUUUUGCGAUUGCUUUUGACGACGACUACAACGACGACGACCGCUACCGGAUUUCCUUCAAGGUCACCGACGUUGUUCGUUGCCGCGUCGGAUGGGACGAGGACUAUUGCGUGGUUGUCCGGUUCACGUUGCGGACGCCGCCGUUGGUGUUUGUCGGUGAUCGGACCGCGACCGACGAAGACCGCAUCUGGCCGAUCGCCGACGCUGCGUUCAAGUGGGAACGAUCGGACGAUCCGUCGCCCAACGGUGUGUUUGGUCACUGCCGAUGCUACCAUCUCGUGCUCGAACCAGGCGUCUCACCCGACACCGUCGCCACCAUGCUCCGGAACUUUGGCCUCGCAGACGUGGCGCGCGACGACAGGCUACCGGUGUACACCGGCGUGCUGCCGUCGCCGCCGACCGACUGGGCGUACGGUCAUGCGUCCGAGCUGCAGCACGUUUCGUUUCCACUGCGGUAUGCGCUGCACGUCCUCAUGUCGCAAGAGGCGUUGGUCGUCACGAGCCUCGGCGACGCCGAGUACGUGGCACGAAUGCUCGACUACUCGAUGGCGUCGUCGACCGACGUUCUCGGCUUUCUGUACUCGUCGCUGCGUGCGCCGGUCGACGGGCCACCGGAUCUGCAAGCCUUUAGCAAUUGGCUCUCGAAUCUGCCGCGCCACCGCCAAAACGUCGAGCUGAUGCUGACACCGACGUCGACGACACCCGUGAACGCCGACGAAAUGACGCCAGCGACGAUGCCAGAAGUGCGUCGGGUGCUUGUGACGCCGCUACGCAUCGUCGCGGAACCGCCGCAGGUCGACGCUUCGAACCGCGUCUUGCGCCAGUAUGCCCAGCACGUGGACCGGUUCCUCCGCGUCACUUUUGUGGACGAGGAGUUUGGCCCGCUGCACGGCGCCAAGAGUCCUCGGAUCCUCGAUCGCAUCGCGGCUAUUCUUCGGCAUGGUCUCGUCGUCGGUGGCGAAAAGUACGUCUUUCUCGGGUACUCGAGCUCGCAACUGCGCGUGCACAGCUGCUGGUUUUACCGGGAUCCACCCAUUGGAACCGUUGGCGUACCGACAGCAGCGUCGAUCUACGCCUCGAUUGGCGUCUUGGACUCGAUUCCAUCGGGCAGUAAGCGCGGCGCCCGACUCGGUCAAGCGUUUAGCACGACGACGCCGACGGUCCGGAUGCGUUCGUUUGAGCAUGCCGUUGGCCCCGACAUGGUGCGCAACGGCCGCAUCUUCUCCGAUGGCAUUGGCUUUAUCUCGCCGGCCCUCGCCACCACCAUCGCGACCAGCCUCGGGCUCAAGGACGUGCCGUCGGCGUUUCAAAUUCGGUACGGCGGCGGAAAAGGCGUCGUCGCCGUCUAUGAGAAGUGUCCGGUCGACAUCUGGGGGCAACGAACCGUUGCCGACAUGCAGCUGCGCAUCUCGAUGCUCAAGUUUGUGUCUGACCACAACCAAAUCGAGGUUUGCAGCGUGCCGCAAACACUGCCGGCGUACCUCAACCGGCAGCUCAUCACGCUCCUCUUGACGCGUGGCAUCAAGAGCAAGGCGAUUUUGAGUGUCGCCCACGAGACGUUGCGCGACACGGCAGCGCCUCUCAAGACACACGCCAAAGCCAUCCAGUUUGUCCAGUCGCAUGCACCGAAAGCGACGAUUGUGAAGCUGCUCGAGGUGGGCGUCUCGGUGCAGGACCCCUUUGUCGCCGACUGGCUGCACAUGCUACGCCGACACGUGUACAACAACGUCAAGUUUCGGUCGCGCAUCCGCGUGUUUGACGGUGUUGUUCUCAUGGGUGUGCUUGACGAGACCAACACGCUGCCCGAAGGCUGCGUCUUUUUCCAGUCGAGUAACAUGUCUCGCUAUGCGAUCACGCCGCCGGCACUUGGCACGCGCUGCGUCGUCGGCCGCAACCCGAGUCUCCACCCGGGCGACCUUCGGAUUCUGACAUACUACGCGGAUGUCCCGGCGCUCCACCAUCUCUAUGACGUAUUGGUCUUCUCGUCGCGCGGGGACCGACCCGUGACCGACAUGAUGUCGGGAGGGGACUUGGAUGGCGAUCUGUACUUUUGUCUCUGGGACCACCGCCUCGUGCCGGCGCAGGAUGUGCCACCGAUGCACCCGCCCCCAACCUCAUGGGGCAUUCCACCGCCGUCGUCCGCCCCCGGCAUCCAGGGUAUCCAGGACCACUUUGUCCGGUUUCUCGAACACGACAACUUGGGCAUGAUUGCCAACAUGCAUCUCGCCGUCGCUGACGCGAGUCGCGACAGAGCCCACGACAAUCGGGCGCUCGACCUUGCCCACGCACACGCGAUUGCCGUGGAUUUUGCAAAGGCGGGUACCGCUGCGCGGACACCGACGUUCGAAGUGCCGGCGUACCCCGACUUUAUGGAGCGCUCGGGCCUCUCGUACAAGUCCAAGACGGCCAUUGGCAUUCUGUACCGUCAGUCGCGUGUGGUCGUGCCCGGGUACGAGGCCCACGUGUCGGACGCGCGCCAUUGGUUUGUGCAGUACGCCCACGCGCUCUUCACGCUCUGCCAGCAGUACGGUAUCGGCACCGAGGUCGAGCUCAUCUCGGGCUACAUCCAAAAGCUCUCGCGCAAGGUGGGUCGGGCUGAGCGACUGGACCCGGCCGACGACGCGGUCGAGCGCAUCCGCGUGGCCGUGCGGUUUGUGCAAGAGCACUACGCGAGAGUGUUUUGGCGCGGCCUCGAGGCCAAGGCGCCGAGUGACUUGGUCGUCUUACAAAAGGCGUCGGCGUGGUACUAUGUGGGCAACACGUACGAUGAAGGCACGACACCGUACCGCAGCUUUGCGUGGCUGGCGCUCGAGCCCCUGUGUGUGCUCUUGGACCAGCGCUAG